AUGGAGACAGCAGUCGUAGGAGGAUCGGACAUGGCUGGACCAGAAUCUCCGGAGACGACUACAGGAGGCUCUCAGCCUCUUCCUGCAGGCACGAUAGCGAAGUUGACGAGCGACAUCCUCAAUGACACCUUUUACAAUAUCAUUCACGACAUCGUCGCCAAAGUUCACCGCGAUGAGAAGAUUGCUCGUAUGCGAUCGGCCGUCAUCGUCGCCAGACAAAAGGCUGAGGAAGAGAUGGCUCGAAUUCGCGAAAGUGAAGGAGGAAACAAGGCGACGAAGCCCGGAGACGCUGACUCAGUUGACAAUCCGGAGAACAAGAUCAGGGUCGAGACGGAUGCCGCAAUCUUCGAUUGUGGAAAAGUCUAUCUCAAGGGCAAUCCCCUUGUCACGACAAAGGAAAUCAUCUGUCCACACUGUCGGUUGCCACGUCUUCUAUACCCUACCACUGGAAUAGGUGCUCGCCCCCCUCCGGAUCCAUACCGUGAAUACUGUCAGAAACACCCUCCGAUAAUCAAACCGGGACACGAUAUUCAUGGCAACCCGUUUGCGACGGACAAGUUGCAGACGAAGAAAAAGAAGCAGACCGCGAAUAAUACGAAUUCAAACACGCCAGUCUCGAGCCCGCCGUCCACUCCGGACGUUUCCGCCAGUGGUUCAUUCAAACAAACUGCACCGCAGCAAAUAACAUUUCCCACGGUCAAAUGCCCGAAUUGUCCGCGCUACUUUGUCGUCAAUAGAGUGGCUCAGCAUCUUGAUCGGUGCUUGGGCUUUUCAAGUAGAGGUGCAGGACGCAAUCGGACUCCGCAAGAGAACGCUUCCAAUACGUCCAAUGCCUCUGCGCCGCCCAAACGACCACGGGCUGACGACGAUCAGCCUGCCAGUCAAAAGAAGAAGAAACCUAACACUCCCAAGAAGGCGUCUGGUCAGAAGCCUGCAGCUCCCAGUAAAUUGAAGAACGGGACCACUCCGGACAUGGCAGCGGCCGAGUCUGCGGAACCGUCAAAGGCGCCCUCCGACGAUGGGGAGAUCAAAGUCGAGCCCAACGGGGUUUAG